AUGGAGGUCCGCCUAGGAGGUCGGGAGGCCGCCGCCGUGGGAAGCUCGUGUGUGGCCCUGCUCGCCCCCUGCUCGCCAUGGCCCUCCGCGCGCCCCACCAUGGCCUUCCGCCGCCUGCUCCCAUGCUGCCACGCUAGCCUGCUCCACCGCGCCGCCGCCGUGCCGAGGAUGGGGGCGGAGGGAGCACCGCCGCCGGCCUGCUCCGCCACACUGCCGCCGUCCGUGCCCGAUCCGAGCGGAUCUGCGCCAGGAAGGCCGGAGGCGGAGCCCAGAAAAGGGGCGCGGGGUGAAGGUGCCGGCCGUCAGGUGAGAAAAGAGGAGGGAGGCACUGCGGAGGCCCCGAUGGCAGCGCGCACGAGUGGGGAGGAAGCGGCGGCGAGGAAGACCGGAGGAGGUGGCUCGAGUGGCGAGGAGGCCGGAGAAGGAGGCGACGACAGAGGAGAGAGCAGGGGAGGAUUGGAGCUCGAGGGCCGCGCGCCCGCCGCCGGCCGCUCCGCUAUGGACGCACGCUGGAGGAGGAGGCACCAUGCCGCGCCGGCCACCAUGCCGGCUCCAUCCCACAGCCCUCCGCCCGCCCGCGGAUAG